UCAAAAUCAAGCUGAUGGAUUACUGAAUAGAGAACCAAGAAAAUUCGAGGAUUUAUAACACAGAUUGGAUCAAUUCCUUAAAUGUAAGGAAACCCUUGGCUUAAUUCCUAAAAUAUCCCUCAGGGAAUUGACAGAACUUGCUAAAGCAUCGACUAUAGAAUAUUGUAGAGAGAACAGAGAGUAAUCUCAAAGGGAUCACAACAAAAGAUGGCCCUCCUUCUAGACACUAUGCGCCUCAGAUUCCUUGUUGAGAUGAAAACUUCAACAAUUCCCACUUCAAUGAAAACCAAGAGAUGUACAUCUGUAUGGCUCUUGCAUAAAUUUUUAGCUAAGAUGAAAUACGGGAGAAAAAUGGAGAAUGAGAAGUUCCAUCAAGAAAUCAUCUCUAAUCUCAAUACUAUCGACCAGAAGUUGCUGCGUGACGCCCAAAGAUCCAAAAGAGAUGCUCUCGCCCUUAAAGCUGAGAUAGAUGAGCUCAGAAUGAUUGUUGCCAAUCAAGGAGAGAAAGAAUUAAAUGUUGGGGAAAUACAAAAGGAAAUUGAUACUUUUAAUACACAGAAUAGCCGAAGGAUUCUGGAGGCUGAGACAAAGCAUAUGAAGAACAUUGCUAACCUUAAUGAGGAUAUGAACGAGAGGAUGAACGCUCUUCAAGACCAGAUUACUUCUAUUGCCAAGGAUUUUACUAGACCUAAGCUAUCAAAUCGACCUAAUAAGGCAGUGGAAGCUGCCUUAGCUGAAGCUCUGGAUAGAAUUUCAUAUCUCGAAGAGAAGAUUGAUGGUAUUAAACAACCAAAAAGAAAUACUGACAAUACGCUUUCUUUAAAAGCAAUUAAAGAUGAGUUGCUACAAAAUCUUGAUGAGCGCAACGACAUCAUUGAAGAAAAUAAGCAAGGCUUAGAAAAACGCUUAAAGCACAUUGAAAGAAGACUGGCAACUGAAAACCAGGACCAAAGGCAGGUAAUCCUUGAUCUUCGCUCUGAGAUGGAAAUGAUGGCUGGAAGCAAAGACCCUGUCUUUGACACGAGAGACAUAGAUAAGAGAAUGAAAAUGCUUGAUCAAAGGCAUAGAAGAGACAUUCAGGAAAUUCAAGAUGAACUUGUCGAGCUGAUCGAUCAAAAAUUCGUAAUUGCUCAAAAAGAGAAAAGCAGUAAACUUGAUAGAAUCAUUAGGGAGAUAAAUGAAACCAAUUCAAGAAUUGACAUUCAUGAAGAUGACAUGGCUGAAAUGACCAAGGUAAUUCAGGAACUGGAUAAAGAUCGUAUCCAAGAUGGUAAAUCAACUGAUAUCUUGAUGCAAAAGUAUGAACUUUUGGAUGAACGUAUUGAGAACCUCUCUGAAGCUAUGAUAGAGAUUAAUAAUAUUAUCAGCAGAAAUUCUAAGAUGCAGCUUGACCAUAACGACCUGAAUGUGAUCAAAGAGGCUUGUCUGCAAGACUUCAAUACACUUAAUGAAAGAAUCAAUGAAGUAGCUGAAUUAGCAGAAAACAUAGACUCCCAAUUAGAAAGAAAUGAAAAGGAAAUGGAGGCAAUUAGACUUGUGAAGAAGCCAAGAGUCAAUCUUAUUAGGAAAGAUAUUUCUUCACCUCUUCGGAGCUCAAUGUCUCAGCAUCUUGGAAAUAACCUUCAUAAAAGAAGGGAUGAGUCUCAAGGUGAUGGAUCUCGGUAUGAAAGCAUUCAAAGGUUAACAGAUCAAGACACUUUUAUGAAGGCUGAUUCAAGACCGAUUCCUGAUAGAGAAAGUGUCCUCUCAGGGUCAAAAAUUAAUAAAUACCUGGGAGAUUCUUUUGAGGAUGGGCAUGGAUCCAGCUUCAACAACGAUCCUGACAGAGUCCUGGCAUUCAAAACAAGAUCUAGGGAUGACUCCAGAGAAAAGGAUACAAUGGGAAAUUUCCAAUCUCUUAACAAGAAAGUAAAGAAGCCUCAUCAUGAAGAACAAGUUAUUGUUGAAGACCUCGAUUCUUAUGAAGAGAGAUCUGAAGACAGAAAUAUUUUCAGCAGUCAAAAGAAGCAGUUAAGCAGAGAGCAAUCAGAGCUCACCUUUAAAGGAGACGAGAUUAUGAAUGACAAGACUGAUAAUAACUCUAAUCAAAAGAACUUCAGUGAUAAUAGAGUCACUUCUCUCCAAAGAAUUGGAGAAGAAGGAGGCCGAUCCGCAGAAAGAAUCUAUAACUUGAAGAGUCAGAAGGAUAAUAAUAUCUGGGGAGAGAGUCCUCCAAAUCAGAAAAAUUCCAAUAUGUUCAUAAGUGAAAACAAAAAUCCUACUAAAAGCUUCACAUUUGCAGAGCCGAAGAGAGAAGCUCAAGAAGCUAUUCAGCUUGGUCCUAUUGAUGGAAAUACUCUUGAUGAAGAGUCAUCUGAGGGGGAAGAGUUUGAGUCAGACCUCUCAUUUGAAGAUAAUGAAUAUCUUAAAGGUCGUAUUGUCCAGAAGCACGAAGAUCUUAAGAAAGACAGCUCAAGAAAAUCCAACAAGAAAGGGAAGGAGUUUGAUGACAGCUGGGACUAAAGCUCUCUAUUUCCAAUUAAUCAGUUCAAUUAUUCCU